UAUUUGUGUGAAGAGGACUGAAGUAAUGAGAAGUCAUCAUGGAAGCUCAAUCUCAUAGCUCUGCCACAAGUGAGAAGAAAAAGAUUGAAAAUCCCAUAGCAAAAUACCCCACUCGAUCAGAGGUCAGUGAGAGAGCUGUGGCCUCCAGCACAACUUCUAAUGACGAUGAAAGUCCUGGACCAACCUAUCACAGAGAGAGAAGAAACGCAAUUACAAUGCAGCCACAAAGUGGACAAGGCCUCAGUAAAAUCAGUGAAGAACCUUCCACAUCUAGUGAAGAAAGGGCUUCUUUAAUCAAAAAGGAGAUCCAUGGAUCUGUACCAUACCUUCCUGAGCCUUCACUACCUUAUCGUGGGGCAGUUUUUGCCAUGGACCCCAGAAAUGGUUAUAUGGAGCCUCCUUAUCAUUCAGCCCCUGCUUUGAAUUCUUUGAAAUACUAUCCACCUCAUCUUUUCCCAACUUUCCACCCUCCAGUACCAAUUGACACAAGGCAUCAUGAGGGACGUUAUCAUUAUGAUCCAUCUCCCAUUCCUCCACUACAUGUGCCUUCUGCUCCAGCUUAUUCAGACUUACCAUUCAUCAGAAUAUCCCCCCACAGAAAUUCUGCUGCAGCAUCAGAAUCUCCUUUUAGUCCACCUCAUCCAUACAUCAAUCCUUACAUGGAUUAUAUCAGAUCAUUGCACAGCAGCCCUUCUCUCUCCAUGAUCUCAGCUGCUCGGGGACUGAGCCCUACAGAUGCUCCACAUGCAGGGGUUAGUCCAGCAGAAUACUACCAUCAGAUGGCUUUACUGGCAGGCCAGCGCAGCCCAUAUGCAGACAUCAUUCCUUCAGCUGCCACAUCAAGAGCAGGUGCCCUUCAUAUGGAAUAUCUCCACGCUAUGGAUA